CCUGACACUUGAGUAGGUAAAUGAAGGACACACGGUACUGCGCAUGGGCAGAAACCUUCUGGACUUUUCCUCACGUGGAGAGAGACACAUUCCCCUUGAGUCAGGUUGUCGCUAGCAACUCUCCAGGUGUCACUUCGUCGACUACCAGACGUCACACAUUAAGUCAUGGCCUUCAGAAAGUUUCUGCCGCUGUUUGACCGGGUGCUGGUGGAGCGCCUCACUGCAGAGACGGUGACCAAAGGAGGCAUCAUGCUGCCAGAGAAGUCUCAAGGCAAAGUGCUGCAGGCUACGGUGGUGGCUGUUGGACCCGGUUCUGUCAAUCAGGACUUCUACAACUGGCCGGAUGAGUCAUUCGAAGAGAUGGACAGCACCCUCGCUGUUCAACAGUACAUCCAGCAGAACAUUCGGUCAGAUUGCUCCAACAUUGACAAAAUCCUGGAGCCCCCAGAGGGUCAGGAUGAGGGCGUGUGGAAGUAUGAGCACCUCAGGCAAUUUUGCUUGGAGCUCAAUGGACUAGCAGUGAAACUGCAGAGCGAGUGCCAUCCAGACACGUGCACCCAGAUGACGGCCACCGAGCAGUGGAUCUUUCUAUGUGCCGCUCACAAGACUCCUAAAGAGUGUCCCGCCAUCGACUAUACCAGGCACACGCUGGACGGAGCUGCCUGCCUUCUCAAUAGCAACAAAUACUUCCCCAGCAGGGUGAGCAUCAAGGAGUCAUCGGUGGCCAAGCUGGGCUCGGUGUGUCGUCGUAUCUACAGGAUAUUCUCACACGCCUACUUCCACCACCGCCAGAUAUUUGAUAAGUAUGAGAAUGAAACGUUCCUGUGUCACCGCUUCACGCGCUUCGUGAUGAAGUACAACCUGAUGUCCAAGGACAACCUGAUCGUGCCCAUCCUGGAGGAGGAGGUGCAGAACACAUCGUCAGCCGGCGAGAGCGAGGCCUGAGGCUCACCGUAAAAAAAAAAAAAAAAAAAAGAAGAAGAAAGGGAGACAACAGAGAAAACAAACUAUAGACAAACACAUGACAUCUAUUCCACACUACUGUACAUACUAAGACUCCUGCCUGGUAACUGUUCCAUAGUCACCUGUGUCUACGAAAAGAAACAAAAAAAACCACCUGCAGGACCAUUUAUUUAACUUCUUUGUUUGUCCAAAACCCCACGCUGUCGCACGUCUCCUUUUAGGGAACAUUUGAUCUUUUAAGCAGCUGGAUUUGCAAAAAAAAAAAAAAAAAAAGAGUAAUCACAGUGCUUUAUAUUGUUGACAAAGGCACACACUGACAGCUACCCCCACCCCCGUGUAAAUAAGCCCCAAUCAUAACCUCUCUGUUAGGUCCCGUUUUCUGAUGGUGCUUCACUCUUUUUCUACGUCUGCUUUUGUUUGCAUUGUCUUGUUUAGAGGGGAAGGGUUUUUCGGUGGCUAGAGGGUGGGGGUGUCCCAGCCCCUAUUAAGUAGCUCAAUAAAUACGUUUAUUUACGAUGCUACGAAGCAACAAAAGUUCCUGUGCGGUAGAGAACAUGUAGUUUACUCCCAAGUGAGAUAUGAUGUCCCCCUGUUUAUAGACACGCACCAAUGUCAACGUGCCCAAAAAGGCGUCCUCAUCGGCCAUGUUUUAAACCGACCGAGCGCCACCUUCCUUCUAUCGCCUGCAUUAACUUAUUUUCUUAAUCCAACCCACUUUUUUUGGUUUUUAAAUGGACUAAAAAGAAAUUUUGUUACUGUCGACAUUUUCAUGAUGUCUGUUAAUAAAAAACGUAUUAUUCUGGA